GUCCUGUAUAUAUAUAUAUAUAUAUAUUCAUCCACUCAAUCCUGUUUCUUUCAAAUAUUGCAGUGCCUUAGUUGUUUUCCAGCUCUUUUGCUCUCAUCCCAUUAUGACACAGAAUUUGUGUCCCUCCUUUAAGCGCAAUUCCUGCAAAAUGUUGAUAAAAGGUGCCGCCCCAAUCCAUAUUCAAACUGACAAAUGUUUCCAAAAUAUACAUAGCGUACUGGUGUCAAGAUAUUAUGGAUUUGGCCUUUAGUAAACAACACACACUUGUGGUAUAGUUGUAAUACGGCUUUUAUUUGAUGCAGUUCUUCACACGCGGAUAACAGCAAAACACUGAUAACUUUGACGAUGUCUUAAUAAUUAACUUGAUUCCAUCUAAUCUUUGAUGCAGGAGAAUCUUGCUAGCCAUGAAGUUGUGUUGUGCCCUGGUUCACAUAAGCUGGACUCAGCAGGGACCCCCCCCCCCCUUCUGAGAGCAGAAAUCUGAGCCACUUUCUCCAACGCGUGCAUUGCUGCUCUUAAGAACCCCUGAAAGGGAUGAUCAUGGAGUGCCUGAAGCAGGAGGGGACUUCACACAGCUCCAGUGAUUGUUUGAAGAUCUGCUUGAAGAUGGGGGCCAGCUGGUCAGUAUAGACUUUCAGGCAGACUCUCACAUUACCAAGUGAAUGUGACAUAAAUGCACAUGAUAAUCAGUACCAAAAGAGACAGAUUAGUGAGCUAACUAUAUUCAUACAAUAGUACCCAUGGACAAAAUAUAUAUCUUACAUUGAGACUUCUGUGGUAAUAAAUGGGCUGCAUAGACGAGGAAACAAACUGUGGAGGUAGGAACUAUCUCGUAUUUACUCCUUAGUUAGUCUCCGCCUACUCGCUGUGAGCUCGCUUUAGCAGUUGACUCUUCCUUCUCCACCGCGGACAGCCUUUGGGUACUUUUAUCUUCAACAGUUAUGGCAGAUAUCAGUAACACUGAAAAGGUUCAGCUGCACGUGCCAGAUUUAGAGGAACUGCGUGGCGUACUGCAAGCAGGACUGGAGGACAACUUUGCCGAAGUUCAGGUGAGUGUUGUGGAGUGUCCUGAUCUCACCAAGGAGCCCUUCCAGUUUCCUGUCAAAGGCUUGUGUGGAAAGCCGCGCAUCACUGAUGUUGGUGGGGUGAUGUACCCGGUAGGCGAGAUUCAAAAGGAAUACAACAUUAACACCAUAUCGAAGGAGCUGGAGCUGUCAGGAGCCUUCAUCCUUGGCUCAUCAACUACUGCCAGCAGGAUUGUUGGAAUGAAUGGAGAGCUGAUUCUCCUGGUUCUGACCGAAGCGGAGGGAAGGCCCGCAGUGAAUGGCAGCUACUUCUCCUCCAUCAACCCGGCUGACGGACAGUGUCUGCUGGAAAAAUACCGCAACAAAUUCUCUGACUGCAACUUUGGGCUGCAGGGCAAUCUGUACGCCUGUGAGGGAAAGUCUGGAAAGGUCAUUGAGGUGCGGGUCAAGAGGAGGACAGGAGGCCACAGUCUUGUGACGGCCCUGAGGAAGACUCUAGAAGGUCGCUACCCUGAUAAAAGCUUGGCUCUGGGGGGCACCUUCAUCAUCCAGAAGGGGAAAGCCAAAAUCCACAUCAUGCCGAGAGAGUUCCCGGCCUACCCCCUCAACAGCGUCCACGACAUCGAGGGCUGGAUGCAGCCCUAUGAAGUCAGCGCCCCACUCGUCUGCCUGUCGGUGCUGGUGUCCAGAGACCCUGGUUUGGACCUGCGCGUGGAGCAUACCCACUGCUUCAGCCACCACGGAGAAGGUGGCCACUACGACACAGACACCACGCCGGACAGCGUGGAGUACCUGGGAUACUUCCUGCCGGCAGAGUUUGUCUUCCGCAUCGACAGACCUCGAAACAUGCACACAGUCGGGCGAGACUGAAACACAAAUUAAUUGAAAUAAGUCACGUCUGUGGCACAGCGCAAAUCUUUCCUCUUAAAUCACUUUUAUGGAAAUUCUUAUGCAUUUCUUGUAAACAAAUCAGCACAUUUCAUUUAACAAAAAGCAUGUUCAUCCAGAUAGUUAUGGCUAUUUGUUUAAUGAAUGCAGUAGAGUAGUAGCCUACAUGUGGGAACUUGAACUGCCAACUCAAACAGACAGUGGCUGUCACAUCUGUGACACUACAACUACAAUCUUUUUUUUAAACAUAUGGGAGUUUCCACUUCCAGGUCUAUUUUUUUUUUAGGAAGGGCUUGCUCAAUAACUGCUUCUUAUCUUCUUAUUUUAGGCUUCAUUGCAGAUAGCAUCUAACAAAAGGUGCAUUACCGCCCCCUAUUGUAGGCUAUUGGGGUGUGGGACAGAUUUAUCCAUCAGUAAAAAAAAAUUAAAAUCCUUCCACUCAAUCCUGUUUCUUUCAAAUAUUGCAGUGCCUUCGUUGUUUUGUUCAGUCUGGAUAAUAUAUUUUCUUCUGUAGUGCUUGCUCUGGUUAUACUCCCUUUGACAACUUCCUUCUCCCUCAUAUCUCACACGGUGAAAUUUAUUGAGGUGUGACGGUAGAGCUCUAAUCAGCCAUAAGUAAUAACACCUGUGCUUGUAAUUAGAUAGCGACCAGGUGGAAAAAAAACAAAAAAGAGGCAACUCAUUUUUAAUGACUUUUAUAAGUGUUACAGUGUAUACAAAUAUUUUUAUGAGAAGCCACAAAUUGAUUGUCAACACUGGACAUGAAAGGAACACAUCAAAACAGGUUAAAUAAUGUGUGCAUGUGCAAUAUGUAAUAAAGGCUCAUUUACAAACCCA